AUGGCAUCACAUACCGGAGACAUCGUCUCUGCAGCGCACCAAUCUCUGCACAAUGCCCCGGGCCUCACGACCUCGGUUGGACGGCACCAGCAACCGUCACCACCGCCCAGCCAAAGCUUCCACAUACCCGACUCGUCCUUGGCAUCCUCGUCGUUCAGCCAGGUCGAGCCGAGCUCUACCCAACAGACCUCCCGGGAGAGCCGGCAAACGGUUAUCCACCUCCGGGAUUUGGCGCACAUGCAAAGCCUCGCAGACGCCAAGAUGCUUGGGGGGAGCAGCUGCGCAUCCUUGGACCCAAACGUCCAGAUCAAGUAUGAAAUCAGCGGAAUGCCCAUUGCCGACAUAAUCGAAAUGGUGGCUGCCCUGCUCACCAAGAUCACCACUACCAACGACUUGCAGCACGAUGCCAUGCAGCGAAACGUGGCCCAUCAGCAGCAAGCCAGUCAGUCCAACGACUCUGGGUCUCACAUGAGCCCUCUGAGCCAUUCCGUCCUGGCUUUCCACGGCAAAAACGUGCCCGCAAUUACCAUCUUGAGCUACCUCUCGCGCAUACACAAGUACUGUCCCACAACCUACGAAGUGUUUCUCAGCCUGCUAGUCUACUUUGACCGCAUGACGGAGCGAGUCAACGAAAUUGUCAUGCAUAGCGAGCAAUCCCAAAGCCGGGCUGCUUCGCACUCGCACCCUGCAUCGUCGGGGGCAUCGCGGGGAGACACCACCAUGCACGAAGAUGCCCACGAGUCGGACGAGAGCGAUUCAGACUUGGCAGACGACGACGACAACGAUGACGAAAUGGUAGACUCUCCUACAGCGGCAGGUGGACGCAACGAAUCCGGGCAGGCUGCCACAGAAUCCGAUGACCGAGUCGCAGUUAGCCCGGCAACAUACUUUGUAGUGGACAGUUUUAAUAUCCACAGAUUGAUUAUUUCCGGGGUGACUUGCGCCAGCAAGUUCUUUUCUGACGUCUUUUACACCAACUCUCGAUACGCCAAGGUCGGAGGCCUCCCGCUUGCCGAGCUGAACCAUCUGGAAAUCCAGUUCCUCGUCCUCAACGACUUUCGGCUCGCUGUCCCUGUUGAAGAUUUGGAAGCCUACGCCACCAUGCUCGUCGAGUUUUAUGCUCGUGAAGUCAUGGCACAAAAGUCGGCGCCAGGAGCAUAG